GCAUGCUGGUAAAUGUAGUCACCAGAAGCGUCGAAAAUGGUGGAUGUUCAGCCUCCGCCUUUCCGGACACUUGACGAUUUUCUGCUGGGCUCGGCCCGGUUCUCAGUGCCUGAUGUCCGUAACUUAGAUCGGUGGAACAACCGGAUCAUUAACAACCUGCUGUACUACCAGUCCAACUAUUUUGCCUCCUCCGUGGCAUUUCUGCUAAUAGUCGGGUAUUUCCAACCACUCCAGUUGAUUCUUGGGGCAAGCGUUGUGAUCCUUCUGUUUUUGGGGUUUGUCUGGGUGGCUGAAAACAAGGCCGUAAUCCGACGUUUCCGGAGGAAUCAUCCAUCGCUCGCCCUGGCUGCAAUUUUGGGCUCCAGCUACCUUAUUCUGUCUGUUUUAGGAGGGGUAGCUGUUUUCCUCUUUGGCAUUGCCUUCCCCAUUUUAAUGAUCCUCAUCCAUGCUUCAGUGAGACUCCGAAACCUUAAGAAUAAACUGGAGAAUAAGCUGGAGAGUAUAGGAUUGAAGAGGACUCCUAUGGGCCUUCUGCUGGAAGCACUGGGACAGGAACAAGAGGCUGGAUCAUAGCUGUGUUUACUAUUACCUAUCUGUGCCAUCGCUCACCCCUUCUAUCAUAGGAGCUUCUUGCAUAUCCUAAAAUAUAUAGGAAAACAGAUAUUGGCAAAUCAUGUAUGGCAUAUUGCUAAAGUCUCUCAGAAAUGCAGGAAGGGCCCAGUGGACAGGAUUCAAUUAUAUGAUGCAGUAUAUGAAGGAUUGCUAAAAUUAAAGCAAAAAGUGAAAUUACAGUUAUGUACUGUAUAACUUUUAGGUGUCAAAAUGUAAAAACAACAAUUUAAUGCCUUUUAAAUAGGAUGUAGGAUGGUGUUAUUCAAUGCACAUUUUAUAUGUGAGUAACAGUCCAUUAUUGCUCCAUUCUAUGGAUUUAAUUAUGCAAAUACUUUAAUUCCAUCCCUUAAUAUAUUUUCUGUGAGCUCGAUUUUGUGAAU